AUGUUCUUAUACACUGUCCAGUUCCUCUUCGGUUUCGUUAACUUCCUUGUGCCGGGUACCAGCGAUAAUCUACGGAGAGAUUUCCUGCCUGUUCACCAAGUCGUGGGAUCGGUCUCAUUCACAGCUUCUAUUGUGCAAGCAACGAUCGGAUACAUUCAAUACAAUUCGAUAUUCACUUGUCCGCCAAGCCAUGAUGCUCCACUCGUAUGUGACAAGUUCCAGUACGUCUUCAACUUCAUAAUCAUUUCACUUGUGCUCUACGGAGCCUCCGUAUUAGUACUAAUAACGUUGCCGGUUUGGAAACGUAAUAAAACGCCUGAUGAAAUGAAAUAA